AUGACGGUUCAGAUUAUACCUACCACUCCGUUUCUUGACCAGAAGCCUGGAACUUCCGGUCUCCGUAAAAAAGUCAAAGUCUUCCAACAACUAAACUACACCGAAAACUUCAUCGUCUCAAUCCUACUCUCCAUCCCCGAAGGGGCACAAGACGCGUUCCUAGUCGUCGGUGGAGACGGAAGAUACUACAAUGAUGUUGCGAUUCAAAAGAUCGCACGUAUCGCGCCGGCCUACGGGGUCAAGAAGCUUUUGAUCGGAAGGAAUGGGAUUUUGAGUACACCUGCUGCUAGUAAUGUUAUCAGGAAGAGGAAGGCUACCGGAGGGAUUUUGUUGACUGCUUCGCAUAAUCCUGGUGGACCCGAGGAGGAUUUUGGGAUUAAAUAUAAUUUGGCGAAUGGAGGGCCGGCGCCGGAGGGGGUUACUAAUGAGAUUUUUAAGAGGAGUAAGGAGAUUGCGGAGUAUAAGGUUGAUACUAGGGUUGAGGAGAUUGAUCUGUCUACAAUCGGAACGGCUACAUAUGGAGACUUGGAGGUGGAGAUUGUAGAUGGAGUCCAGGAUUACGUGGACAUGUUGAAGGAGAUCUUUGAUUUCGAUCUCAUUCGCAGCUUCUUGAAGAAGAACCCGGACUUCAAGGUUCUCUUUGACGCUCUGCAUGCCGUUACAGGUCCAUACGCCGUCCGUAUCUUCGUGGAAGAAUUGGGACUUCCGGCUUCCUCUGUCAUCAAUUCCGUCCCUCUACCGGACUUUGGUGGUGGACACCCGGAUCCUAACCUUACCUAUGCGCAUGAACUUGUGGAGAAGGUUGAUGCGAAUGUUAUCCCGUUCGGAGCGGCUAGUGAUGGUGAUGGAGAUAGGAAUAUGAUUUAUGGAGCUAAGGCUUUCGUCAGCCCUGGAGACAGUCUUGCGAUUAUUGCGCAUCAUGCGGAGUUGAUUCCGUAUUUUAAGAAGCAAGGAGUGUUUGGGUUGGCGAGGAGUAUGCCUACCUCUGGGGCUGUGGAUUUGGUGGCGAAGAAGAAGGGGUUGGAGAGUUAUGAGGUUCCUACUGGAUGGAAGUUCUUCUGUGCGCUGUUCGAUGCUGAUAAGCUUUCGAUCUGUGGUGAGGAGAGCUUUGGAACAGGAUCGAACCAUAUCCGUGAGAAGGAUGGACUUUGGGCGGUUACGGCAUGGUUGAACAUCAUUGCCGGAGUCUCUGAAGAAAAUGGUGUCACAGCGAGCAUUUCAUCGAUUCAGAAUGAUUUCUGGAGAACAUACGGACGUACGUUCUUUACACGAUAUGAUUAUGAGAAUGUAUCGUCGGAUGGAGCGCAGAAGGUUAUCGAUGAGUUGAAAGGGUUGAUCGCCGGGUCGAAUGGGGAGUUUGUGGGUGCUAGCAUCGGAGAAGGAAGUCAAGUUGUUGAGGCGGAUGAUUUUAGUUAUGAGGAUUUGGAUGGUAGUAUUAGUAAGAACCAGGGAUUGUAUGUGAAGACCAGUGAUGGGGCGAGGUUUGUGGUUCGACUCAGUGGGACUGGAAGUUCGGGGGCGACUAUUAGGUUGUAUGUGGAGAAGUAUAGUGAUGCUCCCGAGACAUAUGAAUUGGAUGCGCAGGAAUAUUUGAGUGAGAGUAUUGGGAAUGCGAUCAAGUUAUUGAAGUUGGAGGAGUAUACCGGAAGGGCGAAGCCGGAUGUUAUCACCUAA